AUGGAUGCUUCGACCCCGUCAGAAGAAUAUUAUAAUGAUCCCUUAUCAGGACAUGUACUUCAUGGACGUACAGGAUCGAUUACGGGAUCAUCGGGGGAUCAGCGAUGGCCUUCGUAUAGUCGGACGAAUUUAGAGCAUAAACAUGGUCCGAUAUUUGAGCAUGAAGCAGAGUGUAUGACAUUCUCAGGAUUACCGCCACUUUCUCAGGCAUUUAAUGCUUAUCCACAUUAUCCUCGAAUGGGAAGUAAUUAUCUAGAUACGCCUUAUUCUCCUCAUACACAAAAUGCGAUUCAUCUUGGACAAUCACAUACAGUAGCAGUUGCGCCUAGAGGAUCACAAGGACCAUAUACAUAUAAUAGUUCAUCUAAUGAUUUGCAUGGUUAUUUUGGUCACAAUCGUUCUAAUGAUGAACUUUUUCCAUCUAAUUCUCAUUAUGUGAAUCAUCCCCCUUCUACGCCUUCAGGAUCUCUUGGAUCUACAGCUAUUGGAACAACACCGCCAUUAGGAUCAUCUCUUAAUUCAAAUUCGAACGCUACUUUGAGUUCAGUUCCAUCAAAUACAACAUAUCCACAAUCUAAUCUUGAUUCUCGAUUGCCAAUAAAUGGUCAGCCCCAUCGGCUUUCACCAGCUUAUUCAUCUAAUUUAGUUCAUCCAUCUAUUACACCGUUGGCAGCGGAGCCUUCUACACAGCAUUUUUGGCCAAAUUAUACUAUGCAUGGUCAUACAGUGGCCGACCGGACUACAUCGAAUAAUGGAUUUAAGUCAUCUUCUCCAAUUAAUGUUCUCAGACAGCCAAUGACAAUUCCUGCUGGUGUGCAUUUGCCGUAUAAAGCGCAGAAUAAAGUGAAACAAAUAUAUUCAUUUGUCCCGUUGCCAGGUGCACAAACACAAAAACGUCCACGACGACGUUAUGAUGAAAUUGAACGGAUUUAUCAAUGUGGAUGGAAUGGUUGCGAGAAAGCAUAUGGUACAUUGAAUCAUUUGAAUGCGCAUGUUUUUAUGCAGGGGCAUGGUGAAAAGCGUACGCCUGAUGAAUUUAAGGAGAUUAGGGCUGUUUGGAGAGCAAAAAAGAAGGAAAAAAUCAAGGAAAAGCAAGCGGAAGAUCAAUUACGCCAGGAAGAACAAAAACGCCAUGCAUUGCCUUCUCCGCAACUUUCUCAACAGCUUUCUUCAAUUCCAGAAUCACAGUCACAUCCGCCUAAUUUAUCACAUGUUGUAUAUGCUCAUUUACCUCAGCCAUUACCAAAUAUAUAUCCUUAUCCUUCUCAGCAAACCUCGCUUUCGGAAUCUUCCCAUCAACAUCCUUAUCCGGCAUCAACGUAUCAUCCGUCCUUAUUGCCACAUUUAAAUCAAUUUAUAGCUCAGCCACAAUCUUAUACAAGCAACAAUAGAGACUAUAAAUCACAUGCUGAUGAGGAAGACCGGGAUGCAGAAGGAGAGCCUGAUCCUGAAACUUCUGGAUAAAUCUUUUGAUAUAUUUUUUUAAUAUUUUUUUAUUUCUAGAUGCACUUGACGAUAUAUAUUUUAUAUUAUUAAAGAAUAUGGUAUACAUAUGGUUUUGUUCUCAUUUGUUAUUUGAGUUUUGUCUAUGAAACUAGUUGUACUUAUGGAUUUAAAA